AUGGCAUCAUCGCAAACAGAGCGCACACCUCUGCUGGGCGGUGCUCAGCAACGUCAGCCGUCUAUCUCUCGCCAUCGACCUAGUUUCGCCGCCAGCAUCGGUCGACCUGACCUCACUGCCGAAGAGGAAGAUGCCAUCGCACAAGAGUCAGCCUUCAGCGCUGUUCAAGGCGCAGCACACGGAGUUGACCCCAACUCGUCCGCCUUUAUUCCCCUAGAUCAGAGCCACUUCUCCGUCGCAGGCAUCGAUGCGAUUGCUGAAGAGCCUUCCGAGCCUCCUCUGCGGCCCGACAUCUGGGUCAUCAUGGGCGCCAUGUGGAUCGGAAGCUUCUUGGCAGCCUUGGACGGUACCAUCGUGGCCACUAUCAUGACUUCCGUCGGCUCCGAAUUCCGUGUGAGCAAGGAGGUUGGGUGGCUUGGUACAAGCUAUCUGCUCACUCAGACCGCUUUCCAGCCACUCUACGGCAGAGCCUCCGAUAUCUUUGGCAGGAAGGCUGCCACUUUGUUUGCUUCCGUUGUCUUCCUGAUUGGUUCUCUCUUGUGCGGUCUCAGCCAGUCCUUCUGGCAGCUCUGCGCCGCUCGAGCCAUUGCCGGUAUUGGUGGUGGUGGACUGACCACAAUGGCCACUCUGGUCACCAGCGAUCUUGUCAGUCUCAAGGCUCGAGGCACAUGGCAGGGUCUCGGAAACUUGGUCUACGCUACCGGUGCUGCUCUCGGUGGUCCCUUGGGUGGUGCACUCGCCGAUGGUGGUCUUGGCUGGAGGUGCGCUUUCCUGGUCCAAGUUCCGCUCUGUGCAGUGCAUUUUGCCGUGGUCUCGUGGAAGAUCGACAUUCCCGCUGGACCCGGCAGCAUGAUCGAAAAGAUCAAGCGUAUUGAUGCUCUCGGCUCACUUUCGCUCGUCACCUCGGUCACACUUAUCCUGGUUGGUCUCAGUCUUGGAGGCAAUGAGCGCGAAUGGUCGGACAAGCUCGUGCUGGGCUCCCUCAUCGGUGGUGGUGCUGCCCUGGUGCUCUUCGUUCUGAUCGAGCGCUACUUUGCUCGCGAACCACUCAUGCCCAUGUCGGUGCUCUUCAACCGCACGCCAGGCUUCGUUGCUCUUGCCUGCUGGUUCAUUACCAUGUCGCAGUUCGGCAUCAUCUUCAAUGUUCCUACCUACUUCUCGUCCGUCGAACGAACCAGCACUUCGUACGCAGGUCUUCACCUCAUCCCUAACGCCAUCAUCGCCUCGAGCUGCAGUCUUGGAAGUGGUCUCAUCAUGGCGCGUACCGGCAGAUACCGCAAGAUGCUCCUGCUCGGUGGGCUCUUUGGCUUCGUUGGUCCACUCAUGAUGUGCUUCUGGCAUCGUGGAACGUCCGAGUUCUUCUACUGGGCGACAAUGCCCUUCGGAGGUGCUGCUUACGGGUCCAUCCUGACCAUCACAUUGGUGGCUUUGAUCGCAUCGGUCGAUCCUAAAGAUAUGGCCGCUGCAACGGGUGUCACGUAUCUCUUCCGUGCCACUGGUUCUGUUCUCGGCAUUUCUCUUUCCAGUGCUAUUCUACAGAAUAGCUUGCAGAAGAACUUGGAAAAGACCGACAUCCCUCGCAAGGUGAUUCAGAUGAUCCGCCAAGAUGCAAAGACGAUCGAGAACCUGAGCAAGCCGCUUCGUGAGGCUGCCAUCAGCGCUUACGAACAGUCGAUGCAUACCGUCUUCAUUGCGAUUGCAGCUGCUGGACUCAUGGCCUUCGUUGCGCUCUUUUUCAUCGAGGAGCGCGACCUUCCCGGCAAGAAGCUUGCUGCUGCUGCACCUGCACGCUCUCAGCGCUAA